AUGCACUCUGUACAAGCCGUGCACCCCGUGUUCCCCAUGCGAGCCCUGUGCCUCGUGCAAGCCGUGCACCCCAUGUACUUCAUGCACCCCGUGCAAGUCGUGCACCCCAUGUUUGCCCUGCACCCCACACAAGCCCUGCACCUCAUACAAACCGUGCACCCCAAGUAUUCCACACACCCCGUGCAAGCCGUGCACGCACCCUGCUCCCAGGACGAUGGGAAGGUGAUCCACAUCAACAGGGUGCAGCACCGGGCCGUGCGCGUGGGGCUGGGGGAGCCCGUGGCCCUCCCCUGCCUCUUCCUCCUCCAUCCCUCCGCCUCGUUGGGGCCUAACGAGCCCCCCGACCCCCCCCGGGUCAAAUGGAGCAAAGUGCGCUCGGCCACCGGGCAGAGGGAGGACGUGCCCAUCCUGGUGGCCAAGGACAACGCGGUGAAGGUGGUGAAGGCCUACGAGGGCCGGGUGGCCCUGCCGGGCUACCCCCGCGACCGCUACAACGCCACGCUGGUGCUGCGCGCCGCCCGUGCCAGCGACGCGGGGCUCUACCGCUGCGAGGUGGUGGCCGGCAUCGACGAUGAGCAGGACCUGCUGCCCCUGGAGGUGACGGGCGUCGUCUUCCACUACCGCCCCGCGGGCCGUCGCUACGCCCUGACCUUCCCCGCCGCCCGCCGGGCCUGCCUGGACAACUCGGCCGUCAUCGCCUCCCCCCCAUCUCUCUUCGGGACGGUGUUUUACGCCACGGUGCCGGGGCGCUUCACCUGGCAGGGGGCCCGGGGGCACUGCCGGAGCCGGGGGGCUUCGUUAGCCACCACGGGGCAGCUCUACCUGGCUUGGCACCAGGGCUUGGACCAGUGUGACCCGGGCUGGCUGGCCGACGGCAGCGUCCGCUACCCCAUCCGGCUCCCUCGGAGGAAAUGCGGCGGCGAAGCCUCGGGCGUCAGGACCCUCUACCAGUUCCCCAACCGCACGGGCUUCCCCCCAGCCACCUCCAAAUUUGAUGCCUACUGCUAUAAAGCGCACGUGGCCACGGAGCAGAGGGAGCUGGAGGAGCUGGUGCCACCCACGCCUGACCCACCGGGCAGUGACAACGUGCUGGUGGAACACGGCGAGGACCUGGGCACGUCGGGGGACGCCCGGGACACCCCCCGUGACCACUAUGGCCUCCUGCCCCAGCCGGGACCCGCGGGGCUGGGUGAGGACCAGGACGAGCAGUUGAGGCUGGCGAGCAGCAGCCCGGUGGCACAGCGUGGUGACCUCCCCGGGGCCACCACGGCAGCUGGUGGCCUGGGGCUGGGAGGUGAUGGCACAUCCCUGCCUCCCACCACCGCCUCCUCGCCGGCGUGGCCUCACGAGGAGGAAGCUCUCAACGUGGUGGACCAGGCGCCGGGGAGCUCUUGGCAGGAUCCAUCCAGCACCAGCCCAGCACCGCCGGAGCAAGAAGCCCGUGGCCCCGAGGAGUCCCCCGAGGCCACCCUCCUGCCACAGUCCCAAAGGCCAGCCCAGGAACAUGUCACCUCCUCGCCAUCAGGGCUGGGGACAGUCCCCAGCACGACAGCAGAGACCCCCAGCACCCCCCCGACCAGGAGGAGCAGCUACCCCGGGCUGAACGGGCGCUACUUCCAGCUGCAGCAGCAAAGCCAGGACCCCACGGUGGCUGCUGGGGACCCCACGGUGGCAACUGGGGACCCCACGGUGGCAACUGGAGACCCCCCAGUGGCUGGCGACCCCACGGUGGCUGGGGACCCGGUGGGGAUGGUCACCCAGGCCCCCAUCCUGGCCCUGGAGGUGAAGGGGGUUGCAGCCAACGCGGUGGAGAUGUGGAACAUCUCCGGCUCCGAGAGCCUCUGGCGGGAGGGCACCUACUCACCCUCCAACGCGGUGGAGGAGGAGAUCGGCCCCGAGCCGAUGGCACCGGCCACCGCCCCGGUGUCCCCCUCGCCACAGGCGCCUGCCCGGAGAGAUUUGCCACGGUGGAGCCCCCGCAUGGCCCCCCGCGACCCCGGGGGACCCCCACAGACCCCCCCUCCUCCAUCCCCAUCCCUUCCUGCCUCCACGGCUCCCCACGAUCCUCUUGGCCACCAGGACAUCACCGCAGUGGGGGCUCAGCCCCACAUCCCCAGCGCCCGCGGGGACUCUCCCCGGCCACCCCCGGAUGCCACCGAGGACUUCUCCGGGGAUGCUGUCUCCCAGGAGGAUGGUGGCUCCGUCCCACCACGGCCCCCGCUGCCCCCCGCCCCACUGGUGGCCGAGGGUCCCGAGAUGGCCCCGCAGCCCCGCGGUGACGGCGGUGACGGCAGCGGGGUCCCAGGGGAUGGCUCGCUGGAGAGGCAGAGGAAAGCGCUGACCUUCUUUCACCCGGACGGCCCCUCCACGGGGCACCCCACCACCCCCAGCCCCACCGAGGCGGCUGCUCCCCAGCUCCGUGGGGGGCUCAGCCCCACGGCUCCCCACGAGCCAGCCGAGCUGCCGUCUGAGCCCAGCCACCAGCAGCCGACGGGCUACGGGGACGUCGGGAAGGGCUCGGCCAAGCCGAGCAGCGAAGCAGCCAUGUCCCCCCCAGGACGGGAUGUCUCCUCGCCUUCACCUCCCCCCGUGGCCAGCGAGGUGACCCCCUGGGCCAGCACCCAGCGGCCGGUGGAGACGGAUGGGCUGGAGCCAGCCCCCGAGGAGGGGUCCACGGGCUUUGCUUCCAUGGCCCCACAGCCCACCCGCCACCUUGCACCGGAGCUGGGGGGAGCAGAGCAGCUCCUCCUGUCCCCCCCAGCCCCUGGGCAGCCCCCCAGCCCCCCGGGUGCCCCCAGCCAUGAGGAUGCACCAACGGCACCCGGAGAGGAGGAUGCUUCUGGGGAGGCAAAGAGAGAAGAGCCCCCAGCACCCCCCGGCUCGGCCACCCACAGCCCCUGGCCAUCACCUACUGCCCCCCACCCAUGGGUGCCCGAGGCUCCCGAGUCCCCGAGCACGGGGCUGCUCUUUGAGCCCUCCAUGACGGCUUUGUUGGGGGGCCCGGGGGGGUCCCCACUGCUGGAUGCCGACAGCGGGAGCGGCGAGGAGCCGGGGCUGGAGGAGCGGGAGCUGCUCUCCUGGGGGGGCACCGACAACACCAGCCAGCACGCUGCCUCCGACCCCUGCCAGAACAACCCCUGCCUGCACGGGGGGACCUGCCGCGCCAACGGCACCGUCUGCGGCUGCAGCUGCGCCCCGGGCUUCACCGGGGAGAACUGCGAGAUCGACAUCGACGACUGCCUGUCCAGCCCCUGCCAGAACGGAGGCACCUGCAUCGACGAGGUCAACUCCUUCGUCUGCCUCUGCCUGCCCAGCUACGGCGGCAGCCGCUGCGAGAAAGACACGGAGGGCUGUGACCACAACUGGCACAAGUUCCAGGGUCACUGUUACCGGUACUUUGCCCGUCGGCGUUCCUGGGAGGACGCGGAGCGGGAUUGCCGCCGCCGCGCCGGCCACCUCACCAGCAUCCACUCGCAGGAGGAGCACAGCUUCAUCAACGGCUUCGGGCACGAGAACACCUGGAUCGGGCUCAAUGACAGGAUCGUGGAGCAGGACUUCCAGUGGACGGACAACACCGGCUUGCAAUACGAGAACUGGCGGGAGAACCAACCCGACAACUUCUUUGCGGGCGGCGAGGACUGUGUGGUGCUGGUGUCCCACGAGAUCGGCAAGUGGAACGACGUGCCCUGCAACUACAACCUGCCCUACAUCUGCAAGAAAGGCACAGUGCUCUGUGGGCCCCCCCCGGAGGUGGCCAACGCCUUCCUGGUGGGGAAGAAGAAGGAGAAGUACAGCAUCCACUCCAGCGUGCGCUACCAGUGCCAGGAGGGCUUCACCCAGCGCCACGUCCCCACCAUCAAGUGCCACAGCACCGGCAAGUGGGACCGCCCCAAAAUCCUCUGCACAAAACGUUAG